AUGGCUCUUCUGAAAUCGGUCUGGCUAACAGGCUGGUUGGCAGCCCUUUUCCACAGUAGUACUAUCAGCGCCAUUGCUCUCAACAUAUCCCAUCCACACAGCAAUGACUUGCGUUAUCUUUUGACUAGUGAGUAUCAUGGCUGGUCAUCUAACACGUCGAUCAACUUUGCUGGAUCAAGUGGCUUCUUCACUUCUACGGAGAGAUGGACAACAUUCAGUGCUCCAACAUACGCGGCUGUCAUCAGUCCAGGAACUGAGGAAGAUGUAGCCAAAAUUAUCAAACUAGCAACAAUGCAUAAUAUUCCCUUCCUUGCUACAGGAGCUCGCCACGGAUAUACAACUACGCUGAGAGACCUACAUGAUGGGCUCGCGAUCGAUCUCAGUCACUUUAAAGAAUUUGAACUAGACGCGGCUGCAAAGACUCUGACUGUUGGUCCUGGUGUUACCGUUGGCGAGAUAUUUGAUCCGUUAUUUAACGCUGGGUUCGACAUUCAGACUGGCAGCGCCCCUUGUCCGAGCUUUAUCGGCGUGACACUGGGAGGCGGCGUUGGUCGCUUUCAAGGCGUCUACGGCUUACUCUCCGACGCCCUCAUCUCGGUUCGUCUUAUCACCGCCAAUGGCGAAGUUUUAGAAGUGUCAAGAACGAGAUGCCCCGAUUUAUUCUGGGCGAUUCGAGGUGCGGGCGCAAACUUUGGCGUUGUGACCUCUGCCACUUACCGUGUCCAUCCCCUGACAAACAACGGCGAAAUGUUUGUUGCGGAAUUCAUCAUUCCGCCUUGGAGGUGGCCUGAGUAUUUUCGCAUAAUGGAAUCCAUGUCACCAUUACCCGCUGAGCUAUCUUCGCUGCUACUCAACAGCUUCGAUACAAUCACAAAUCAGACCCAAUUGUUUGCACACUGGGCUUACAAGGGCCCUGAAGCUGAAGCCCGCAAACACCUAUCUUCAAUUUUGAACAUGAAUCUCGCAGCAACUCAGAUGAGAGUUCUUCCGUGGAACAGACUCGUGGAGAACACAUUCGCUGGGGCUGCCGUCACUGUUUGUGAGCCCAACACCAACCGAAAUUUGUACACCUUGAGCAUGAAAAACUACUCAGCGUCCACUUGGGAAGCUGUAGCCUCCAAGUUGGUGACUUUCUACGCCCGGUUUCCUCAUGCGCGCAGCUCUUCUCUUCUGUAUGAAUUCUUCCCAAAUCAAGCUAUGACAGCCAUUCCAUUAGAGGAUACUGCGUUUCCGCGGAGGGAUACAACAGCAUACAUAAAUCUCAUUUUGACCUCGAGCAUUCACAACAGUGAGAUAGACAAUGCUCUGGCUAGGUUUGGUGAAGAAAUUCGUCGAGAUGUAGCCGCAACAUCAGGGUAUCCAGAGAUUACCACUUUUGUCAAUUAUGCCCAUGGCGACGAAACGCUGGAACAGAUUUACGGAAAGGAAAAACUAGCACGGUUGGCAGCGCUGAAGAAGAUGUGGGAUCCUAAAGCAGUCUUCAGCUUCAACAAUGGCCUGCCUACCACGUAUCCUUGA